AUGCCGUUCUUCUCAAAGGUUUUCAAGAGCAAAGACGCUGCGGCGAAGAAGGCCACUGCGCCUGUGGCAAAUGGAGAUACCCAUCAGAAGAUACAAUGGUCCGAUGCUUGGCUGCGAACGAGAGUCGACCCAGAAGAGGUCUCGGAAUUGUUGCAUAUGUGUACUGCUGAACUGAAGUCCAGAGCACUGGAUGUUCCAUUCCUACUUCUCCCCUUCCGACCCUCCUCGGAUCCGUCUGCGGCUCGGACAUUCGUACGCAACUUCUUUCUCCCCCCUCAAGAACGAGAGCCAUUGCGGGGAUCUCUUUUGGAAACGGAACUGCGAAUGACAGAUGUCAUGGUGCUGAUCAGCGUGAUGAAGUGGUGCUGGGCUCGGUUGCCUGGUGGCGUUGUGACAUGGGAGGUUUAUGAAGGUUUCCGGGUGGGCGAGAAAGACUCGGGGUUUGCGCGCGAUGCGUUCAGCACAUUCAUUCCACUUGGCGUUGACUCCCCUGCUCGGUUCCAGAUCAUACAGGACUUUUUCGAUCUCCUUACUGCCGUUGCCGCACAUGGCAAAGUCAACGGCCUUGGAGGACACAAACUAUCCCGUUACGCUGGGUGGUGGGCCUUUGAACAUUACGACAACGGGAAGGGCUUUGAAUCAGGCUAUCAGUCAUGGGCAAACGCUGCCGACGCAACAUCGCAUCUCUUCUUCGCCUAUCUUCGCUCGCUCUCUCCUACCAGCACAAGCAAGACAAGCGGCAUCCUUGGCCUUCCGAGGUCUCUUCAGCAACUCGCAGAUGCAACGGAGUACCCUCCCACCCAUACUUUACUCUCGAAUGACACGACCAAAGUUGUCAUGAUUGUUGACAUAGUUUCACCCACGCCAUACGCUCUGUUGCGGCGAGCCAAGAACUUUGAGUAUCGAGACGACGAUCGAGUUCUCCAGCAAUUUGCUAGUUGUGAUGAUCCUGUCGAAGCGCUCACGGAUGAGUGUCGUCGUGUUCUAAAGGCAAUUUCUUCAACAAAUCAGUCCCACGUUUCUAACGCCAAAACCUCAACCAGUCUGGCUGACCCUUCGUGGUCGAGGUUUGAGGACAUUGGAUUCGGCAGCUCCCUUGAUGACGAGGAAGACGACGAUGAUGGUGGACUUCUCGGCCCCAAACCCCUUACCACGAGAUCUUUGCGUCCCUCCGCUCGCCCAAGAGGUUACGUGGAUCUAGCCCGACCGACAACUCCAUCAUGGGCCGAUUUUCUAUCCUCAGGCUUUGCGGAUGAGCAUGGCAAUAAGGCUCCUGCACCCAUUCUCCUGCCGCCUGAUAAGAUCCUUCCUCCUAUUCAAUCCACCAUGGUCCGAGGCCAAAGUUCACAGUCACAUCGGAGAAAUCUUGACGCACAGCCGAAUCUCGACCCUGGGGAGCUGGCGAGCAUUGCAAGAGUGAACGUUGACGACUCUUUCUGGUGGGUGUGGAUCAGCAGCCUGGCGUCCGAGGAGCCGACCUCAAGAAAAGCCGUGUUCGGUCGUUGCGCUCUCAUUGAGACCAUCCUACCUGACGGUCAAUGGAUGGUCAUAGAGGAACAGGUUAAAGGUGCAGCACCUGAACCCGCAGUCGGGGCAUAUAUUGCGGAGAAGAAGACAUUCCUGGGGUUUACCACCAAACGAGGGCGUCUGGGUCGGAGGCGAUCAGGAAGCAAGAAGAGCCCUCUUUCUCCCGAGCCACAGCUCGAACCCAAUCAUAGAGCGACUUUGGCUCCCGACCAGCAAGCAAAGAUCCAGGAAGCGGCAGCGCAGCUUUCCAGAAGACGACAAGCCGAAGAGAUGGAACACCAAGCCGCCCUGGCCCCGCGACGAGGACGCACACAAGACUUUUUGGCUCCCUCCAAAACCAACAGCAUCUUUACUCUCGGUCCCUUCAUUAAGGAUGAAGCUUCCCCAGCAAUGCAAUGGGCUACUCAGUACGACAAGAAAGCCAUCAGGGCUAAGUACCUGGGUGACUCACUGACCGGAAAGGGUUCGCGUGAUAUGUUGACCCUCCCUUCCGAGGGCCUUGGAAUAAACAGGUCGACAUCCACGCUGUCAGUGGUGAGUAAGAAUAAGGACCUGCCCGCGCCACCGGCAGAAAACGGCCUUCGUCCUGCGCCACUGGAAAGGAGUCAAUCGGCCGAGCACACUCCAAGAAUAGCCGCAGCUCCCAAUGUCAUCGAGCCAGCGCCCAUCCCGGUCAAACCUGAAGUGCCCGUUGAUGAGACGGCCGCUGAAGAGGCUGCAGAGGUCCCUCUCCCGCCUGCAACACCAGACAUUACAGAGGCACCGGCCCCGAAGCAUCAGCCUGCUAAAUUGCGCAAAUCGGUUGAUGUACAAAGAAAUCCUCCAGAACAGAGGAAGCCCCGGGGUAAGACCCCUACUGGACCGCCUCCGACGCAGCACAGGACUGGUAUCCGCCGAUUGUUUGGGACUAAGAGAUCCCAUUCAAGGGAAGGUCGAGCGCCACAGACUUCUGAUUCGCCCGCCACUGAGGAUCCAGCCAUCACUGCUGCAAGACGUGCACUGGAAGGAAAGCCUGCGUUGCCAGAAGACGGUCCUACUUCACCACCGUUGAGCCCUGGUCAUUUCCACCGUCUGGCGACCGUGAACACGCCAACAGGAACCCGCCCCGCCGAAUAUGAAGCAACCAGCACCGCACCAGUAACCACAUCUCACGGAGCACCCUUGGCCUCGGAGCUUCCUACUGAGCCCGACAACGUUCCUGGGGAUGCCUUAGCUCCGCCCAGAAUACAUCCAGAUGAAGAAUACGAUCAGUUGUCACGUGUGGAUACCAACGAGCGGGAACAUGCCGACCGUGAAUUUUCGACAUUUGAUCAAGGACCUCUACUCGACCAACCCGCGUUUGUUCCAGCAGAUACGCCCCCCAGAACUGAGUUUCUGACGCCUAUGGAAGAACCCGUCACUGGGCCCGUCAGUGUGCACUCUGGUCGGUCGUUCCAGGGAGCGGAGAGCACAGCAUCCGCGGAUGAUCGCGAAGACGAAGUCCCAUUGACACAACAGGUGAGCCCAACAGAUCGAUGGGCACAGAUUCGAAGGAAUGCCGCGGAAAGAGCAGCGAGAGGAUCCGAAGAGCAGACAUCUAGAAGUCGUACUGAAACCCGGACUGAUGACGGCGAAACUAGUGGAGAAGAGACAAUUGAAGCAAAAGUGGCACGAAUCAAGGCACGAGUGGCCGAGCUCACUAACAAUAUGAGCGGUACUAGACGAUAG